AUGGCACGCACUGCCCGUUUCACCGGCCUGGCCAGCGGCGCUCAUGCCAUGCAGACCUUUCCCAACGUCUACUCCGUCGCGGCAUCUCCCACAUGGGCUCCUCCCGAGGCUUCAGAGGAUCAGAAGGCCAUGGACGAGCUCCGCCGUGCGGUGCUAAAGGAGGACUGGGCCAUGAACUUUGAGGAGGGUCUCACCAAGAUCCAAAUGCGCGCGGAGUGGUCUGCCAGUAAGGAUCGUAGUGCGCUGCUGCAGUGGCUCGUGAAGUCCCGCCACGCCAAGCGCGUUUUGGAGAUCGGGAGCUUCUGCGGGGUUGGUUCCUUGGCUAUUGCUGAAGUCCUGGGAGGUGAGGGUGAGCUGAUCUCCCUUGAGCUAGACCCCUUCGUGGUGAACUUUGGGCGCCGUUUCGGGGGCCCGCGGCUUCGCAGGGUGCAGACCAUGAUGGGCCCGGCCAUCGACUCUUUGACGCGCCUUUGUGCAGCCAAAGGAACCCGGCCCUUUGACUUGGUCAUCAUCGAUGCUGACAAGGAGGGGAUGUGCGACUACUUCCAGAUGCUCUGGAAGACUCCGGGGCUUCUGGCUCCAAAUGCCGUAGUUGCUGUGGACAUGACCCCCUUCAAGGGCCAGCCACCUUUGCGAUUCGUGAAGUUCGGCUUUCCAUAUCGCUGCGAAACAAGUUCCGGCGAGCAGCAAAUUCGCGAGUUGCGAAGUUUGGUGCAACAGUCCGCGGACUUUUCGUCCCACGAGUUUGGUGGCCUGUUGAUGGUGGAGAGUUCCAAACACUGA